CCUCCAUCCCCUGGUCUCUCCAUCCCCUCCCUCUUCCACUCUAACCCCUCUUCCACCCCCCUCCCCUCCUCCCCAAUACACUUUUCCUCUCCAGCUGGGUUUGUGAAGUCGCCAAUGUCUGAGACUAAGCUCACGCUGGACACCUUUGAGCUGUACUGCGACGUGAUCGGUAACCCCACCCCGGAGAUCCAGUGGUGGUACGCCGAGAUCAACCGUGCCGACUCCUUCAAGCAGCUAUGGGACGGCGCCCGCAAGCGCCGCGUGUCCAUCAACACGGCCUACGGCAACAACGGGGUGAGCGUGCUGGGYAUCACGCGCCUCAYGCUGGAGGACUCCGGGACCUACGAGUGCCGGGCCAGCAACRACCCRCGGCGCAACGACCUGCGCCARAACCCCGCCAUCACCUGGAUCCGAGCCCAGGCCACCAUUUCGGUGCUGCAGAAGCCCAAGAUCAAUGUGUCAGAUCAGAUCAUCCUGCCCUCGGAGACCAAAGGGCCCCCUGUCACCCUGCAGUGUAACCUGACCAACGCCCACGAAGGCCAACAAGAGAGCUUCUGGAUGAAGAACGGAGUGGAGAUCGCAGACACACGGAACGAGCAGAAGAACACAGAGUACAUAAUCAAGAAACCAAGGUCAGACGACGCAGGGGAGUACAUGUGUGUUUACACGUUUGAAACGGCUCCCAACGCCAACGCCACUAUUGAGGUAAAAGCGGCACCUGAGAUCACGGGCCACAAGCGCAGUGACAAUAAGAACGAGGGGCAGAGUGCUCUGUUGUACUGUAAGUCUGUGGGCUACCCCUUUCCCAUCUGGACAUGGCGUAAACUGGAUGGCUCAAACUACAUGGAAAUCGAUAACUCCUCUGGCCGCUUCUUCAUCACCAACAAAGACAACUACACAGAGCUGAACAUCGUCAACCUGAACCGCACCUCGGACCCUGGUGAAUACCAGUGCAACGCUACCAACCACAUCGGCACCAAGUCCAUGUCGUCCAUCCUGCGGGUGCGCAGCCACCUGGCACCCCUCUGGCCCUUCCUGGGGGUGCUAGCGGAGAUCAUCAUCCUGGUGGUCAUCAUCGUAGUGUAUGAAAAACGCAAGAGGCCAGACGAUGUGUUGGACGAUGAUGAGCCAGCCGCACCAACGAAAACAAAUUCGACAAACAACCACAAAGACAAAAACAUGCGCCAGAGGAAUACAAAAUGAGAAGCUACUCGUUGCAAUGACUAACUGCAUAUCUUGACCACAUGAAGGUAUCUGAGGAGGGAGCUCCAGGCAAUUUUUAAUGAAGCAUAUCUCRUCUCUCUCUUAUGAGAAAAAACAAUAACAGCGUAACACUGGCAGAAAAGAACAAGAUGGCUGUCUUAAGCAUGCCUUAUUCAGUCUUACAUGAACAGUCCUGGAYGGAGAGAUGACUAAUUCCAUCACGAAAGGUGUGCACAUCUUUUUUUGUGUGCUGUUUGAUGUCUCUUUUAUUCAUUUUAUCAUGUCCUCCAACCAGAGGUGAUCCUUUUUGUAUUACAUAUCAUGUAAAACGCAUGCAAAUUAUUACGCAAUAGGAUGCCCAGAAUAGACUUUGUUGUUUUCCCUCAUGUCUGUGUGGCUAUUUUGCRUCCAAAGCAAUUAUGUUUUUUUAUGAAAUUGUCCUGAACUGAAAAAUACUGUUAUAUUCUUAAAUAACUUUGUACAGCUGAUUCAUUGUCAUUAAACUAUGUUUGAUUUAGUGAAAGGAAAGUCCACUCUUAACAGCCAUUAUAGUGAAAAUGUGAUGCAAGGGAUUCGAUGUCUGGCAGUAUUUACUUGAAAAUGAUUAUAUGAAAAUUACUACUAUAUCUAUCUAGUUAUAAAUAAAAUGUGUUUAUUUUUAUUUUUCAGAGUAACUUAGGAUGUCUUGUAUAUGUUGAGGUACGAGUGUUCAAACAAUAGCAAAUACCGUAUGUAAAGAAAAAAAAAUACAUUUUAUAUUUCCCAACUUAAUUCAUUCAUUUUUAUUUUUCUGAAAUUGUACAGCAUGGCUAUUAUCCUAUGCAAUAUGUAUUCAUAUAUAGAUAUAUUGGGGGCAGUUUGUUUUUCUCAGUGAAGCUUUAAUAUUGUGGGAUCACUUGGAAGCUGGUAUAGCAAAAUGCACUGCUGUAGCUGCAUGACUCCUGUCCUAUAAAUACAGUGUAUCCAUGUGUAUUGCAGUGCAAAUGGACCUACAUUAGGGUGGGAAUGGAAGGAGCUACGGUAUCUCUAGCCACGAUAAAACAUCAGACCAAUAACAUACGAGACCAAUACAUUUUUGAAAAUAAAAGGCUCCAAAAUACA